GCGGGCGCGCGCGGGCGGGGGCGCGCGGGAGGGGCCGGGCGCGCGCGCCGCCCGGGUUGAUAAAGGCGCGGCCGGGGCCGCCGCGCGCUCUCGUCGCCUCUGCCGUCCCGGCGGCGCCAACCGAACCCCUCGCCGCCCGCGAUGCUGCGCCGCGCUGUUCUGUGCCUCGCCCUGGCCGUGGUGGCCCGGGUGGGCGCCGACGCCCCCGAGGAGGAGGACAACGUCCUGGUGCUCAAGAGCAGCAACUUCGCAGAGGCGCUGGCGGCCCACAAGCACCUGCUGGUGGAGUUCUAUGCCCCUUGGUGCGGCCACUGCAAAGCGUUGGCUCCCGAGUAUGCCAAGGCGGCGGCCAAGCUCAAGGCCGAGGGCUCCGACAUCCGCCUGGCCAAGGUGGACGCCACCGAGGAGUCAGACCUGGCCCAGCAGUACGGCGUGCGCGGCUACCCCACCAUCAAGUUCUUCAAGAACGGUGACACCACGUCCCCCAAGGAGUACACAGCUGGCAGGGAGGCGGACGACAUCGUGAACUGGCUGAAGAAGCGCACAGGCCCGGCUGCCACCACCCUGCCGGACGUCGCCGCUGCCGAGUCCCUGGUGGAAUCCAGCGAGGUGGCGGUCAUAGGCUUCUUCAAGAACAUGGAGUCGGAGGCUGCCAAGCAGUUCCUGCUGGCCGCAGAGGCCAUCGACGACAUUCCAUUUGGGGCCACAACCAGCAGCGACGUGUUCUCGAAGUACCAGCUGGGCCAGGACGGGGUCGUUCUCUUCAAGAAGUUUGAUGAAGGACGGAAUGACUUCGAGGGGGAGGUCACCAAGGAGAAACUGCUGGACUUCAUCAAGCACAACCAGCUCCCGCUGGUCAUCGAGUUCACGGAGCAGACGGCCCCGAAGAUCUUUGGAGGGGAGAUCAAGACGCACAUCCUGCUCUUCCUGCCCAAGAGCGUGUCCGACUACGACGCGAAGCUGAGCAGCUUCAAGCAGGCAGCCGCCGGCUUCAAGGGCAAGAUCCUGUUCAUCUUCAUCGACAGCGACCACACGGACAACCAGCGGAUCCUCGAGUUCUUUGGGCUGAAGAAGGCGGAGUGCCCGGCCGUGCGGCUCAUCACCCUGGAGGAGGAGAUGACCAAGUACAAGCCGGAGUCGGACGAGCUGACGGCCGACAAGAUCACCGAGUUCUGCCACCGCUUCCUGGAAGGCAAGAUCAAGCCCCACCUCAUGAGCCAGGAGCUGCCCGAGGACUGGGACCGGCAGCCGGUGAAGGUGCUGGUGGGGAAGAACUUCGAGGAGGUGGCCUUCGACGAAAAGAAGAAUGUUUUCGUGGAGUUCUACGCCCCGUGGUGUGGUCACUGCAAGCAGCUGGCCCCCAUCUGGGACAAGCUGGGAGAAACGUACAAGGACCAUGAGGACAUUGUCAUCGCCAAGAUGGACUCGACAGCCAACGAGGUGGAGGCGGUGAAAGUGCACAGCUUUCCCACGCUCAAGUUCUUCCCCGCGAGCCCGGAUAGGACAGUCAUCGACUACAACGGCGAGCGGACCCUGGAGGGCUUCAAGAAGUUCUUGGAAAGUGGCGGCCAGGAUGGGGCAGGCGACGACGAUGGUCUGGAGGACCUGGAAGAAGCAGAGGAGCCGGACCUGGAGGAGGACGAGGACCAGAAAGUACGGGACGAGCUGUGAGCACGGGUGGGCCUGGCGCCCGGAACCACACCGCGGUUCUGCAGCCCCAGGGCAGAGCCCACCCGGCCCUGGAGCCAGCAGGGACCCAGGCACCUCUUCCACACUUUUCAAUCUUUGGAAAGGAAUUGACUACCAGGCCGGCCCACGCGCUGGGCAGUUUUUUAAUCGUGAUGUACAUUUUUGUACAUGUUCUUCAUCUGAGAGCUCCCUAAAAUGUUUGAGAAUCUCACGGUGGGGCCUCCCCCGUCGGGGCUCUGUGGUAUCACCAUAGAAACUCCACCUGUGGGAUUUUCAGGCAUUUUCCGAUGUCCGGACACUUGUCACGGCUCCCUGGAGCCUCUGCCCCUGGGGAUGGAGCCAGGCUGGCCACAGUCCCUCCCACCUGUGCCCCAGCAUGGCUCCUGUGUCCCUGGUUAGACAGACUCCCAGGAUCCCGCCUGAGGAAGGGCCGGGACCACUGGCUAUAGGGCCCAAACGGGGCCGGGCUUGGCUCCUUCGUUAGCACUGGAUCCCCUCCCAGUGCGGCCUGCAUGAGGCAGAGCCGGACCCAGCCAAGGCAGCCUGAGCCGAGCCUUAACACUGACGCUCCCCCAGGCACCUGCACCCCAACAUUGGAAUCCACCAUUGGCCAAAUAAAGUUGAAAUUGUA